AUGAAUCUUUUGAUAGGGACUAACUCUUUAUCCUGCUUAGAAUGGAUUUCAUCCCUUGAUGGAAAAUAUCGGAAACAUUGUUACUGGUUCGACCGUUCCUCCUCUUCAAAGACAGCGUUUGAAGCAGACGAGUUCUGUGCUCUGAGUGGCGGCCGUUUGGCGCCCUACAUCGACAGCUACCAGUAUAAUUUCCUCCUUGACCUUCGACUAUCGUCAGCAGGUGACACAUUUAUAGGAACGAUGGACAUUGUUGAAGAGAACACCUGGGUAAACUUUGAUGGCAGUAGUAUCCCCGGAAAUGAAUUUUUAUACACUAUGACAAAUUAUCCUUAUGAUCAACCCAAUGGUGGCAGCGAUCAGAACUGUGCCGUAAUUAAUUCAAAAGGUCUUUCUGGAGUAUAUCACGAAAAUCAAACACAAGACAAAUCGUGUCUCAAUGACUACAAAACGACAGAUAUGUUGUGUUACAUGGAAGAUUGGAGCAAUCUCUGUUUAUCCUGGAACUCUACAGCCGACCAGAAAUACAGACGACACUGCUACUGGCUGACGUCCAAAACACCCAAUCAGACCACGUGGACCGUAAAGGACGCCAUGGACAAAUGUCGGUGUGAGGGUGGGCAGCUAGCCCCCAUCAUAGAUGAUGAUCAGUACUCUUUUAUUAUGAGUCGUCUCAGCUCUGUUGCCAACUCAUCAGGUUUAAACACGGGGCUGUGGCUUGGUCUCCAUAACAUCAAAGGUACCCCUAUGAACUGGAAUGGGGAUCCUAUGGCGACUACUACAACCAUUGCCGCUCCCUCAGGAGAGGUGUGUUUUCUGAUAUCUACAGGUGGAACCCAGACCUGGAGACAGUGUAGUUACACAAACCCGUCUUCUGUCCUUGGUGCUCUGUGUUACAAAGAGGGUGAUGCUAUCACAUCUACAAAGUCUUUUAAUGGCAGUUCCACCACUACGUCAGUAGAGGAGAUAAAAAAAGAACUCCAUGUUAACCCAAAGGACACGAAUGCGUUUAAGCUGACAAAGAUAAGUGUGUAUGAGGAUCGUCCUGUAGCUGUGAGUAUGGGGGUCGUUGGAAUCGCUGUACUUACGUCAUUCUUUGUCUUCGUCAUCCUAUUAGACUGUCAACGAAUGGAGAAUCUCUGCUCCAAACAAAAGAUAGCAGCAAAUGAAACUUAA